AGAAGUUAGGCGAAGGCUUUGAAGAAGUCACUCUUGCUUUGAUCCGCAACCGCGACGGUUCUUUGUGUUUUUCUCAAAUUUCUGUGCAUUUUUUAUCAUUUUUCUUGCCUCAAUUGCACCCCAAGUGCUCCUCGGUAGCAGUGAUGGUGGAAAAAUGAGUGUUUCUGCUGGGAAAAAGUGAUAUUUUCGGAGUAAAAGUGCGGUGAAUGGACACAGGAGGUGGGACCAAGGGAGUGCAGUUGAUGUGUCGCCAGCAGAAUCUGUGGUGCGAUUUGUGUUGAAGAAGUCGAAGGGAAAGCGGAAGUACCAUGAUAAUCUAUCAGUUUACUGAAAUACAUCUUGCCUAACGCUCUGGUAGAUCUCUAAAGGAGUAUCCGGGCUGCAAGGGACGCACAGGCAAACAUCUCACUGGGAGAGGAAGUGAAGCGCAACGAAUCCAAAAGUAUGGCUGAGAAGGUGGGGAAUGAGUGCGAAGUUGGAUGCGAUAUUGCGGGGGAGUUGAAUUCCAUCAUGAAUUCAUCCCAAAUAUCCAAUGCGUCAUCUGCCGAUGGUCAGAGCAAGGCAUCUCUUGGGAUUGUUCACAGUGUCCCUGGUAGCUGCCGCUUUCCAAAGCUGGAGGAAUGUGCUCAUUUCCACUACGAGCGCGUGCAAUUGGCACCCAUUGAUGUGCGCCUUGUUGAGGAAAAAUCUGAGAUUCUCAGUGGUGGGACAUCAUCGUCGGGACAGGGCAAUAAAUGUGGCAAUUUUUGGUUCCUCCUUCGUGUGACUGCACGCGAAUCUGAGGCAUUCCUGAUUAAGCGGAGCCUCGAGAAUCUCGAGAUGUUGGACGAGAUGUUUCACCAAUGUGUGUACAAUCGUCAAGUCAGUGGACUGCCGUGUAUUCAGGAGAUUGAAGAAGGGCAGUCUGAGAAGGAGAUUGAAUGCCUCGUUGCGGAUUACUUCCGGCGCUUUUCAUCCAUUGCUCCGGACUCAAUGACCUGUGGGCCGGUUCUCACGUGGUUUCAGCUGGAUAAUAAGGGUAGGAGGCUCCCAAUUGCGGAUACGGAUAUGCGGAAUAGCAUCAAUACACCAGCUGUUGGAGCUGCCUAUGGAGUACGGAAAUAUGUAUCUCAGGCCUGCGAUGAGAUUUCCAUUGAGGUGGGUGACAUGAUCUCAGUUAUCGACAUGCCCAGCCCAGCAGAAUCAAUCUGGUGGCGCGGGAAGAAGAGCCACACGCAGAAGAGUCAGUACGAAGUGGGUUUCUUUCCCCAAAACUGCGUUGCAACAAUUGGGGAAAAGAUUCCCAGGCAUAUGCCACUUCCAGCACCGCUCGUGGGUUCUCUAGCCUUGUCACCAACAAAGCCCGUACUCCGGAAACAUGGCAAAUUAAUUGCCUUCUUCCGGAGCUUCAUCCUGUCGCGUCCAUCGCGGAGGAGACUCAAAGCUAGCGGUAUCUACAAGGAACGUGUCUUUUCAUGCGAUCUCAGUGAGCAUCUACUCAACAGUGGUCAGGAUAUUCCGAUGGUGCUCAAGUGCUGUGCGGAAUUUAUAGAGGAAUAUGGCAUUGUGGAUGGGAUCUAUCGCCUCUCGGGGAUUACGUCGAAUAUUCAGAAACUCCGACGAGCCUUCGAUGAGGAACGUAUCCCCGAUCUUCAGCAAUCUGACAUUAAGCAGGACAUUCAUGCUGUUAGUUCACUCCUAAAGAUGUACUUUCGGGAGCUACCAAAUCCACUGUGUACGUACCAAUUGUACGAUAAAUUCGUUGAAGCAAUUCAGAGUCCCGAAGAAGGAGAAAAUAAGCUGAAGAUUAUGCGGAAGACUGUCCAGAAGCUUCCACCACCACACUACAGAACUCUCAAAUAUCUGGCCAUGCAUUUGCACAACAUUUCCCGGCAUUGCGAUCGCACGGGGAUGACAGAUAGAAAUUUGGCCAUUGUGUGGGCACCUAAUCUCUUGCGAUCACCUAGCCUGGAGUCAGGUGGUGUGGCUGCCCUGAGAGGGGUUGGUGUGCAGGCUGUCGUUACGGAGUAUCUCAUCACAAAUUCCGAACUUAUCUUCAAUGCUAACGUGGAAUUCUCGCCGCAUAGCACUGAUGAUUCCACGCACAGUAGGAGUUCAGGUGAAGGCGGUAGCUUGGAAUUUGGUCGGGAUCACGAUUCACUGUCAAUUGAACGACCCAAGAGCCUCAAUGUGAGUGGAGGUACAAAGCUAAUCAGCCUGGAGGAGGCACAGAUUCGCCAGAAUCGCAUUGAUGCCAUGGACAAAACUAUCUCCAUCAAUUCCCCACAUUCCGGAUGCACGUCCUACAUUGAGGUGGGAGGCGGGCCAAGUAGUCUUCCCGACAAGUAUCACACAGUUCUGCCUGUUCCAAGGAGCUGGCAAAAGAGAAAGACCCACUCGUGGAAAUCCAUUUUCAGCAGAACACCCAGACAAUCCAAUGGCAAUACAAAUGCCCCAACAGCCAAGGAUAUUCGUGUUAUUCUAACUCCAUCACAGGAUGAAGAUGACCUGAAGACGAUCACAUCACCAGAUCCUGUGACACCACUAGAGGAGAAAUCCUCAAUAAGUAAAGCAGUUGAAAUUUGUGAUAGGAAGCCCAUGACGAUGGACAUUUGCAUCCGCUCAAAUUCCGUUGAUAGUCUCCGGACAACAGGACACAGUCGUUCAGUCUCCCAUGAUUCCUAUUUUGAUCUUCUUCAAUCUCCACUUCGUGGCAUUGUAGCCUGCCCGUCGCGAGAGCUCUCAGAAUUGGGGUUGAAUUUUGAUCGCGAAGAACCAGAAAUGCGAAUCUUCUCCGAGAGUGAGAGUCUCGUGAGUAGCCCCAAGGUGGCCAAGGAACCUACCACCGUAUCUUCGGUACGUCGUGUGCUACGAGCACGACCAGAGGAAUUCACGAGUACAACAAACAGCGUGAAUCCGAGUCCGAAGAAACAGCCACGUUUGAACUGCCAGAGUCCAAAUACGUGGACCAGCCCGAGUGGUGGUAGUGACGAGAGCUCGUGCAAGAGGUACAAACUCGAGGACCAACUGUCAGAUAUUCAGUUCAUUGACUGCAGCACCCCAGAGCAUGGAACGCAAUUCACAAGUGCACAAAUCCACAAUCCACCCGAUGUGGCGGAAUCCCCAGCAGAAACCCCAACACCCACCACAACUGUAACAACCCUCGAUGACUUCCUCGUGGACUCCCCAAUGGUUCUCGGUACAGCCAAUCGUUUUAGCUAUCCACAGUAUGAGAGCAAGAGCCCCUUUGGGAAGUACGAGGGGCGCUUCAGCUAUCCCGGUAAUGUGAAGAGCGUGAAAUUUGGUGCUUUCGCUGAGGCACUCAAAGACAAAUCGGAAGAGAAGACGGAGCAACUUCCUGGGAUGACGGUGGAAAAGAAAAAUGCCCCCGAGGAGAUGAGCAAGAAUCUCACCGUUGUCACCCCACCAUCGUCCCACCAUAGCCCCAGGUAUUCUCUCCUCGUGAGCGAAACUUCCGACAACAGCAGCUCCAUCACCACCACCCCCAUGUACGAUGUGGACCUCUCAUCAUCCACCACAAAAGACAAUUCCACACAGAAUGAGAAGACUUCUCUCAAAGAGAUAAAAACGGUGGAUAUUUUGGCGCUAAAGAGGAAGUUCUCAUUGGAAUUGGAACCACCAAGUGUUCAGAUGGAUGUGGAUGCAACAAAGCUGCAUCACCCAUCCACGCCAAAUACUCCGAAUUUCACACAAACCUCGGAGAAUACGAGCCCAUCGAUGACUCCGAGUGACUUUGACUACCAACAGUUAAACCGUGGACAAGAUGCGGGGACACCGGAUGUAUCACCAAGACCGCUCAAGUCUCCGGAUGAUAAGAAGACACCAAUAAAAUCGACAAUAAGUAUUACGUACAACUUGAAGUCGCCCAUAAAGAAGGCGCCAAGCUUAGAGAAGCUCGAUCAGGGGGACAAUGGGUCGUAUGAAAAGAUUGAAUUUAGCGGGGAGAAGGUGCCGAAUGUCCUAGAGACAGAUUUGGAUGUAUACCAGACGGUUAAAUUCUUCAAGAGUGCCGUCUCGGAGGUGAAUCAAAUUUUCGAUGAGGCAAACAACCUCAUUGGCGGGGAGGAUGAUGACUCCCCCAAUUCCAUCGGUGAGGUUAUUGUGAAAGAGGAACAACAAAUUGUACCUGACAUAGAUAUGAAGAUUAUUAGUCAAAAUGAUGAAAAGACUGAGGAGAAGACGGACAGUGGGCAAGUAACGCCGGAAAAUGAUGACCCAAUGCCCCUAACGGAUGAUCAUGAUUACGAUAUAAAAGAUAGUUUGGAAUUUGAUAGUAAUUUGUCCCUUUAUGAGAAUGUUGAGAUGAAGAAGCCGCCGAUGGUGUAUGAGAAUAUCAAAGUAGAAGCUGGGAAUCUCCUCAUGGAGUGUACAGGUGAAGAAGCACCCCAAGAGACGAAGAAGGAGAAUAAGAAGCCCAAUAAUUACCUUGUUAAGCAGCUAGCAACAAAAUUUGAAACUAGUCCCAUUGAGAAUCAACCCCCAUUUGACUUCUCCAAGGCACGCACAAAGAGUCCCCUGAAGAAUCACAUUAGUAAACCCCUUGUGGAGACUCUCAAGGUCACCCGGAGUCUCGAUGAGAAUGCUUUUGUGUGGGAAUUUGGACCAACACCCAAAUUGACGGAGAAGUUUCGCAAUAGAAGUUCCCAGCAGAUUCCCGAAGUGACCACGCAGGAGAAUCAGAGGCGAAAAAGUUUGGAAUUUACACGUCCCAAGAGUCUCAAUCCGCCGAAGAAACUUCCCGAUCUCACUACAACCAAUGAGGAGAUCUGCAAGAAUAAGCUAAAGAUUGAUCUCAAUAAGCUCAGCGAGGAAGCCCCCGAAGAGCCGACGCAGGAAAUAAAAAUAACUCCCACAACGGAAAAUCGAAUCUCUCUCAUUCAGAACAACUUCACCAAUCUCCCGUGCACCGAAGAUCGCUUCAAUGUUUCAAUGCGCGUCCUUGGGAGCUACAAACUCGACCGGGAGCGCAUUGAGAAGAUAAAGGAGGAACGUCGUUUGCAGCUGAGUGAGAAAUUUCGCAGUGAAUCCUUCAAAUCUCUCGAACGGGAUAGUCAUGCGAAAUCCAAAUCAAAAUCCGAAUUACGUGAGACAAAGGAGAACGACGACAGCUUCCGGGUGCGCUCAAAAUCACGCGGAGAAAUCCCAACUGGGCGCGAUGAGAAGAAUCGCAGUGAGGAAUUUAUCUAUUCGUCAUCACUCACGCGACGAAUCCGUCGCAAUGAUGGGGCAUCAUCCCUCGAUUGUGGCCUCAAUCAGCGACUAAGUGGCAAAGAAACCGGCCUAAGGGUAGCCAAGUGUGAUGAUUUCCGGGACAGAGAAACCCAGAGGAGUCCCACAAAUUUUAAUCAACGAGAGAAAUGUUCACCCCAAUUUUCAAUAAAAGACGUGACAGCAAUGUUUGAAUCUCGAUCGCAGAAUCAGCAGUAAACUAUUUUAAAGAAGAAAAAAAAAUCUAAAUCUACUAUUAAUUAAAUUAAAAUAGAAAGCAAGAAAUAUCAUUAUUUCUUACCAUAAUUUUCUCGUUUCGUCGCAUAAUUUCUAUGUAAUAAUUAAUUAAAUUUUACUGAAGAAAAACAACUGAUAAGAGAAUGAAAAAUCUUAAAGCUUUAAUUACGAGGAGAACUUGAAUGGCAUAAAAGAGAUCCAUAAGGUGGGAAAGUUGCUUAUUUAUCGCGCUUUUUUGUACUUUAGCGUGUCUAUGAAAAAUAUUGCAAGUAUGACUAUAUUUUUAAAAUUAUAACAUCUCUAAAGAUCGCAAGAAUUUUAUUUACUAUUAAAUUACACAAUUACUUUUAGAUUUUUUUUUACAAUUUUUAUUUAAUUAUGUGACGUACUGUUUUUAUGUUUAUGUUUAAGAUGUUCUUUUUUUAUUAAAUGAAAAAAAUCUUCAACAAUGUGCAAAAGAUUUUAAAAUAAAAAGAAAUAAGUGCGAAAAUCCAUGACAAAAAAAGGCCAAAUAAGAUUGCAAGGAUGAAAAGCAAAUAGACUGGCAAAAAUGUCUACCAAUUUGAUAUUAAAAAAAAAACAUUGAUAUUAAAAGUAAAUUUAAUAAUUUAUAAGUAAUAAAACAGAAAUAUUUGCAAUUUCCAAUUUAAAAAAAAAACAUUUUGAAAAAUACAAAAUAAUAAAAACAAGUGAAUUGUAAAGAAUGUUUAAUGCUUUGUGAGUCAUUUUUCACGUUUCUAACGCCCUCAACCGCAAAUGUAGCAAACGGUUGGGGAUAUUUAAAAAAAAAUACAAAAGAAGAAAUUAUAGAUCUACUAAAUAGUGCUUCUAACUUUAGGAAAAAAACAAGAGAAACUGUAGAGGAAAGGUGGGCUAAAAAAUACAUCAUAUUGCUAUAAUUUUAAUGAAAUUGCAACUCUUCAUCACAUUUCUGUGGACGCAUAAAAAGUGUAAACUACAAAAUGUAACAUGAGAUUAAAUUAAAUCGUUAUAAUUUAUUAAAUUUCAA